AUGUUCUUCUCAACUGACCUCUUGGAGCGGAGGGAUAGCGGCUAUGGUCUUUUGUGGCUCGCAGCAACCCUAGGAGCAAAGUCGUCCUUCAAGAAAUUGCCCAAGCGUUCCGUCUUGACUGCGGACAUAUCCCAGCUAUGCGGCCUCAUUGCCCAACCGCCCGAGCCUCUUGCAUUGAGGCUUUCGAGCAACCUGAUGGUUGUCAAACAAGAGAUCUUCCUGACCGAUGUGACGUCGUGUUUCAAUGCGUUGAAGAAAGCCGUACAGGAUUUCGCGACAUUGUCUGCUGCCGCAGCAGAGCUUCAGAUGGGCCAACCGAGCUUGCGUCCGGAAGCCUUGACUCUGGUUGCAGAUCCAGGAGCUGCCUUUGGCAUAGCCUUCGAAAACGUGUUCGCAGUACAUGAGGACGGCGAAGAAGGUUCGGAUGAUGAAUUCGACCCUAAGUCGAAGAAGCCCAAGUCGAAAGGCAAGCAGAAGCAGAAGGACGCGUCGACCUUGGUAACAGCGGAGCAUCCCAGGGCGCUGCAUACUCUUGAGGAGAAUCACAAUUACCUUUUGGCCGCCGCGCUUGAGGCGUCACUGAGCGGCAGCGUCCGGGGAGGGACGGGCAUUGAUGCUUCCUCUUCUGCAGUGGACGGCCAGUUCGGAUUUGACGACAGCGUGUUCGCAUUCCCCGAGAAUGCUGGUGGUCUGGAUAUCGGCGAUGAACUCGCCCGUGAGCUGGGGGAAGGUUGGGGGGUCCCUGUGUCGGCUUCCGGGGCAAACUUGCCACCGUCCGGUUCUGUGAUUAUUGACAUGGCAACUUUCAGCCCGCGAGCCUCAGAGGCUAACAUAGACCAAGCAAUUACGAUGGCUCCUGGAGAAUGCGAGCCUAGAAAGCCUGUGCAACGCAAGGCAAAGCGCGUCAGAUUGCUUCUAGAUACCCGAACUGAGCUUACCGAUGAUGAACUAAAGAGUGCUCGCGCGAAUUAUGUGGAAGACCAAGAAGCUCUGAAGCGGGAAAUUGCACAGAAGAAAGCAGAAAAGGAUAACAGCGGGGUCAUAGAAGAAAUGAUCUAUGGCGUACCUAAAGGAAUCGAGGCACCCUUGCUGGUCGACUUCUGGCUCGCAAACUUCAAGUUGCACGUAAGAGCCCACUCUGGACGGCUUCAUCUAGAGAUGGAAGGUGAGCCACCGAGGAAACGACAAAGAGUCCAAGAUCUGGAUGCACAACCCUUCUUUGCGGGAUUGGGUCGAGACGCGUCUUCGCCUCGGAUCGAUGACUAUCAGAUGGACGUUGACUGGAGCAUGGGGAUAGAGGACUUUGCCCACGCUGGCGACGAUAGGAAUCUAGACUCCAGAUUGCGUUCCUCGGAGGAACCUGGUCAAGCCCGUCAUGCGUCGCGGCCGCCGUCUGCUCUGGGUAGUCACUUGGCCUUCGAUCUGGGUCCUACACAGGACGUGAUUUCGGGCUCACAGCGUAGCGCUUUCUUCCCUUGGGACCAUGCUGGGCCAAGCUCCUCUGCAGGCGGUGCACCUUUCUCCGUCUAUGGAAGUGACGGGUUGAGUGGUCUUCGUCCCGGUAGGAAGCGAGUCAGUUCGGCCAGCAGCAGACGGGAGAGUCUUCUCCUUCCUCCGGGUGGUAACACUGUCCCUCCCUCUCCGAUGGACCUGGGCUUGAGGAGCUCUCAGAUAGGCGAAGACUUCCAAUUUAACAUUCCGGAGGAAACGCAAGAAGAGUCGCAGCAGUCAACCGUCCUGACCCUUGAAAAGAACUCCUUCAACUUCCUAGAGUACGCUAAGAUGCAGCUGAGGGCGUUCCCCUCAGCAACGGCCGAGGUUAGCUUCGACGACGUUGUGCCGAAAGCGACCAGUACGCGCCGCGUCGCCGCCGCGGCGUUCUAUCACUGCCUUGUGCUCUCGACGAAGGAUCUCGUGAGUGUAAGCCAAGAUGAGCCGUACGCCGUUUUGAAGAUUAGAGUGAAGUGA